AUGUCGGGGUACCUACUGAGCAACGUGUCCUCUGGUUUAGGGUCCAUGUGGCCCGUGUGGGCAGAACUGAAAGUAAAUCACAUGCCAAGGAGCCUGGCUUACCGAGACGCGAAUGCGAAUAAUAUCGAUGAAGGUGACGGGGAUUAUGCUGGAAAGGACGACAGCAGCAGUUGCUCUCCGAGGGAUGACACCUGCAGCAACGAGAAUCAAAGUAACAACCAGAAUGAUGCCAAGGAGGAGAAACCCACACUGGAGUGCAGUCCGUGCAAAUUUUGGAAAGGAAGAAAGAAAAAUAAUAAUUUGGACUCUAUGGAAGAGCUGUUAUUCAAAUUAACGAACGGAAAAUUUAAAGCAGAAAAGCAUCAUGUGUACACAGCGGAUGGAUACAGAUUAAAUUUAUAUCGAAUUGUAAAUACCAAUGAGAAAGAAAAUCUGUCAAAAAAAAAAGAAGUUUUUUGUUUAAAUCAUGGACUUUUCGAGUCAUCCAUCAGUUACACGUGCAAAGGUUACGAGUCUUUAGCUUUCCAGAUUUUUGCCAAUGAUUAUGAUGUCUGGAUAAGCAACAAUAGAGGAAAUGCCUUCACAAAAUUUGUGGGAAAGAAUUAUGCCCUGAAAAAGUUAAGGGAAAGAUACAGCCUGCAGGAUCUCAAGGAUAUGGGCGUGGACGUUAGUGAAGAGAUGGACUCAAAUCUGAGCACGGAUGAAGGUACGGAGGGGGAGCAACAGCAGCAGCAGCAUCAGAACAACGACAAGGAUGGCGAUUUGGUCUACGGAACGGAGGAAGGUGCAAACCCCCAAGGACCAUUCGGAGAAUCAUCCGAUUGUGACAGCAAAAUGGUGCACAGCUUCCCAUAUGUGCCCAGAGAGUUAGAAAAUGGGGAUGCAACAGAAGUGGCAUCAGAAAUGACAACAGAAAAAACAGCAGAAAAAAUAGCAGAAAUGACAACAGAAGUGGAAACUGAAAACGCAGCAAAAGGAGAGGACGAAGAGGAAGUAGAGGAACUUGUUAAUUUGAAUAAAAAAAAAGAAGGCCUACACGACAUGGACGACGAUGACGUGAAUAAACAGAACGAACCCGAAAUAAACAACUGGACAUUCGAAGACAUGGGAACGAAGGAUCUCCCACCAAUUAUAAAGUACAUAAGAGAGAAAACACAGAGGGAAAAAAUUGUCUACGUAGGAUUUUCUCAAGGAAGUAUACAACUUUUAGUAAGCUGCUGCCUGAACGACUACGUAAAUAGAAGCAUUAAAAGAACCUACCUCUUGUCCUUGCCUAUUAUUCUAAAAACAAAAGGGGAAAUGCUUAUGUCUGUGAGAAUGCUGUUAGCUAUUUCCAGGUGGAACAAGGCAGUUGUUGGGAGCAAAGAAUUCCUACAGAAAGUGCUACCGGAGAAAAUUUGUAAUAGCCUAAUCAUAAACUCAGCUGAUUUAUUAACACGUAAUGUUUUUAAGUUUUUCACCGAUAACGUGGAUGAUAGUUAUAAAAGGAUCUACUACAGACAUACUCCCAGUGGGACAACGUCGAGGGAGAAUUUAAGAAAAUGGUUAACAUGCCCUAAUCAUGAACCCGUGUCUGAGGCCAUAGACAAAUAUGCGUAUAAGUGCUCCUUCCCCAUUACACUUGUCUAUGGAAUUAAUGACUGCUUGGUGGAUGCCGAAAGGUCCAUUGAGUACAUGAAAAAAAAGUUUACGAAGAAUGACUUGAAGAUUAUCACCAAACCCGAAUGGUCGCACAUAGACCCUAUAUUGACAGACAACGAAAACAUCGUGCUGUCGUGUAUUUUGGAGGAUAUGAAAAGGGAAGAGGAGGAAAAGAAGCAGGAAGGAAUGUAG